GUGUGCACGGUUAAGAUAAGAUUACGUCCAGUAGACGACAGUUUCUUGCCCGGUUAAGACGACCCGAUCGGACGCGAAAACGUUAGAGAGCGAUAAUGCUGGGUGGCGAGACCGUCGAAUUCGGCUCUUCGUCCAUCCCGUGCGCUACAUCAUGACGCGCGAGGCUAUCGGGACCUGGCUCAUCGUCCUCGUCCUCUACGAGGUUGCAUUCGGUGUUUCAGGAUGGUGUCCGUCGUUGUGCGAAUGCGGUACCUGGUACAAUUUGCAACACGCUUCGUGCACUGGACGCCAUCUUUAUAGCAUUCAUACAGGUGCGCCGAGCAUCGUGCAAGCCUUGGAUCUGUCGAAUAAUUCCAUAUCCAUUUUAAAUAAUUACGAACUAGCUGAAGCAGGGUUGACAAGACUUAAAUAUUUAAAUUUGUCCGUAAAUGCAAUCAGCGAAAUUGGCCUAAAUGCUUUUAAUGGAUUAUCUGAAUUGACAGUUUUAGAUCUAUCCCAAAAUCAUCUUUAUUAUCUUUUGCCUGAUAUAUUCAUGCCAGUAAAAAAAUUGCGAAUUCUACGAUUGUCAAAAAACAAUUUCAAUUCUCAUGUGCCGAGACUGGAAUGCCCCUGGCUCACGGACUUAAUUCUAGAUUCGUGUCAAAUUAGCCAUAUACCAACGGAUAUGUUUAUUGGACUCUCGCAUCUUCGUACUCUUGAUCUUUCAAAUAACUUGAUGAUUCAAUUGGAUACCGUUACUCUUGAAACAUUACAAUUUUUAAGAAGAUUAUCAAUAGAGGGAAAUCCCUGGUCCUGUGAUAAGCUUACAUAUGAUUUGCAGAUAUAUUUGAUCCGUAAGAACAUACAGUAUCAUGCAGUAUGUGCAAAAAAUGUGGAGCCGAAGAAAUUUGAAAAAAUGAUCAUUUAUAAUCCACGAAUUAAAUAUGAGAAGAAUCGGCCUUUAAUAAAUUUGAACCCGAACAUCAAAAAAAACGUGACAAAGAAACAUUCUAUAUCUAUACCAAUGCAUAAAGACACAAUUGCUUGUGUUACUACGACAGAUGAAACAAAUUUAAGGAAAACGUUGAAUUCCAUAUCGCCGUACUGGUUUCUCAUAGUCGGAUUUUUGCUCGGUAUCGCGAGCGGCAUGUUAAUUUGUUAUGUUUGGAUUACAAGAAAGAUAUGUCGUUGUAGUCGACAAACCGAUAACGAUGCUCAAAGAGUUUCGUUGCUACAGAAUCUGUGGCAAUUUGAGGAUCCCCUUAAUGAUACCGCAAUAUCCUGUCCAGAUACUCCACCGCCACCGUAUCGUGAAGUCAUGCUGCGACCAGGACGUUAUCGUAAUAUUUCAAUUACAACAAAUUUAAAUAAUAAUAUUGCCACAAAUAGCACGGAAUAUACUUAA